AUGCUCUCCUCCGGUGCGGCCGCCUCGGCCAUCCUCAACUACCAUGACCUCGACAACAUCCUCUCCCAGCCAGAGACAGAGCACAACUGGGCUCAAAAGGAGACUGCCAUCAAAACCAUCGGUGCCGCCUGCCAUAUCUCCAUCGGACACAACCAGGAGUAUGUCGCUUUCAUCAAGAGCCACCGCAAAGCCUUCUCCGAGUCUCUCCUCACCGAACGAACUCGUCUUUCAGGAGCGGCAUGUGAGCUCGUUGAGAAACUGGCAACGUCGAUGGGCCGCGACUUUAGCCUGCACUUCCCUGACCUCUUCACGCCCGCCCUUCUCAAGGUGUGUGCCAGGACAAACAAGGUCAUGGUCACACGUGCUGUCAAGGCACUCCAGAGUAUGAUCAAUGCCGGCUGCCUCUCAACACUCCCCAAGGCUUGUCAGGCGUUUGCAACAAACAACAAGACGCUCAGGAUUGCCUGUAUUGGCUUGAUUGCCACCUGUAUUGCUCAGUUUACGAGCCAGGAGCUUGAAGCCUACCUUGGCUCGUUUGAGCCCGUGCUGAAGGAGGGUGUAUCCGACGCUGCACCCGAAGUGAGAGAUACCAGCCGCAGGUCUUUCAAGGUUUAUGCACAAAAGUUUCCUGAGAGGUCAUCUGCGUUGACUGCAAUACUACCUGGAAACGUGCUCAAAUACCUCUUGCCCGACACAAGGUCAUCAGCAUCCCUGGUCAGACCAGUAACUGGCCGCAUUACCCCUACCUCGGGCCGUGCAGAAGGACCAGGAGAGUUGAGCCGCCACCAGUCGAGUCGGGAGGGAUUGAGUAGAACAGUACCUAGCAGGAUUGGACCUGUCAGAGCACGAACCACCAUAGCUGCCGAACAAAUUUCGACUUCGUUCAAGUCCACAACCAGCAGCACCCCUCCUGCUACUCCCCCCAGUCAGCUUUACGGAUACAGUUCUAGCCAGAAUGGGCCAGCUCAGUCUUCGUCUCCUCAUUUGGGACGGAAUCAUGGACUACCCAGCAGGACCGGAUCUUUGGCAGACACCUCCGACCACUCUGGACACUCCGGUAUUCGCAUGGGAGCACAACGCAGUCGUGCAUUGAGCAGCAACAGCUUGACUUCUACCUCCAUGUACCAGCGGACGCCCUCCAUCAACCUUGCAACUCACGGAGGACCUCAGCGAAUGGUUCCCUCGAGCAACUCUUACAGCUCUGAUUCCGCAAAGCCUGUUCGACCCAGCACCCUUUCCACCCGCCCCUCCAAGGUUGAACCUCCCUCAAAAGGGAGUAGGCUAUCAACCAUAUCCACCAACGGCCCACCCACGGAAAGGGAACCGAUGAGCGCGAGUGAGCGGGCCAAGGCGUAUUCAGCCAGCUUGAAGAAUGAGAUGGCCAGCCGUCGUGCUGGUGACAUGGGGACGAGGACCAGCAUGGGCUCAAGGAGAGUUGUCACAGACCCCCCAGGAUAUGGCGUUUACGGACCACCUACUACCAUCUCGACCCCCGCUAGUUCGACAACCAGCACUGCCCCUGUUUCGGCUGCAACCUCCAUCACCUCUGUCUCACCUGUGUCGUCCUCGUCCACUUCGCCUACGACUGCUCACUCGCCUCACCACGAUCAUCUGUUCUCGUCUUUCAGAGCGCCUGCCAGCCCUCAUGCCUCAUCCUCACCCCCAGAGUCAUGCGCUUCCCCUGACUAUAGACACUCUACACCACCUUCGUCCCAGCACUCCGAUGAAAACGUUCAUGCGGCGCCUCUCUCUCCAACCAGGAUGGCUCAAGUUUCUCUUGAAGGCUCCAUAGAGCCUCAGGCACUUGGUUCCUCAGGGUCACCCUUCCACUCGCGUGAGUCCUCUCAGGAGCCUCAUUUGGGACACCACAACUCUGGGCACUCUAGCCACCAUGGAUCACCUCAGUUGCAUGAUGUGGUCCAUGCAGAGAACGGGGACCUUGAAUUUUCAGAGCCCGGUAUAGAUGCAGACAAGGACCACGAUAUGACGAUCCCGGAUCAUGAGAGUCUGUUUGGCAACACAGCCAACUACCUCCAGACGGAGCAGGAGAUCUCUGCGCUGCAGCAACAGACAGGCGACAAGAGUAUUUUUAUGGAGGAAGACAUCCAAUUAAUAGACCACGACCAACUGGCUGUGAAGGCGUAUGCGGAUGAUUACGAAGCCUCGCUUGCCGCUGCAUCUUGCUCGUCGACCUCGCUAUCUUCGAGUAUUGAAGGCGAGAAAUCGUAUGCUGAAUGA